AUGAUCGUGGCUGCUCUGCCGCGAUCAGCAGCCCUCCUCGCCUCGUCCACGCUCCUCCAACUCGCCUCCAGCCAUGCGCUGCCCCGAGAAACCAAAACUAUCGCCCUGCGCGAACUCGACGUCGUAGCAUGGCCCAUCGUCGCAACUCCAGCACCAUUACCACAAUGGCCAGCGCUCGCAUCUUCGGCCGCCGAACAGCUGCUCCAGCGAGACCUCAACACCAUCUGCGGCUGGAUAGGGGGCGACCCAAACCUGCCGGCCACCUGCCUCGCGGGCUCGCACUGCGCCGCCGACACCGUCAACAAGGCCAUUGGCUGCUGUCCGGACUCAGGCCCUUGCACCGAGGGCAUCUUCACGGGCUGCGUCGACGUCAACAGCCCGCCGCAGACGGAGCUCAACCCGUACGUCUUCACGUGCUCCGGCGCGCAGGUCUGCUACCAGAACCACUUUGACGGGGGCUUCUCACAGUUUGGAUGCGGUUCGGUAUCGCAGCUAGCGACGACGGUGGCCGCCACGGCGCUGAGCCAGCUCCCGCUGGACUUGAGCCGCGUGUCUGUGCAGCUGACGGAAACACCGACGGUUUUAUCGACGCCGACGACGAUUGGAUCGCGGACCGCGAGCAGGACCUCAUCUAGCCGUAAAUCGAAGACUUCCAGCGGAUCCAGCACCUCGCAGACGGAUACAUCGACAAACACGGGCACAGCCACCGCAAGCGAUUCCACUUCAAGCUCAACUUCGACCUCGACCCCGUCAGCGCCAACUUCCAGCGGCAGCUCAAAGGCAGGCCCAAUCGCAGGAGGCGUAGUCGGAGGUCUCGCCGGCCUUGCCCUCAUCGCAGCUCUCAUCUUCUUCUUCUUGCGCAAGAAAAAAGCCAGACCCGCUCAAUACAUCACGCCAUCAACUGAAAAAUUCGACAACCCCGAUUCCCGCGCUAUCCCUCCCAACACGGCUCUCCUGACGGAAGAAAGGGGCUUUACCGGCUAUGAGUCUGAACUCGCCCCAAUGCCCCAAAGGCCUCCAAGACCAAGUGUUAGCGAACCCGCCCCCCAGCUCGGCGAACUUGGCCUAGCCGUGCCCAUGGACACCGGCUACGGCAGGCCUUCAGAUGAGAUCCCCCUCACGGAAACUGUGCCAAAGCCACCACCAGAGCCUACUAUUGAAGAUGAGGAGGAUCUCCGCCCAUAUAAUCCGCGGAGAAGAGGCGAUGGAGACGGUACCUCGUUCUGGUCGCAGACAAGAUCAGAGAGUCGGUCUCGAGGACGGCCGUGGGUUUAA